CUUCUCUUCAAACUUCAACUUCCCAAACUCAGAAGAAGAAGCUGAAAACCAUGGAUGAUUUGCUUUGGAAUGGCUCAUGGAGCGGCGGAGGAGACGAUGRCGGUUGUGAAGAAAACUUAUUCAUCUCGGACCCGAGUUGUUGUUCGAGUCCGCCAUUAAAGGAGCUUCAAACAGUUGCAGAAAUAUUGGGGUUGCCGGAGAUUAAUACUUCGGCAUCGGACAUGGGUUCGAUGGCGCUUCGGAAACCAGCCGGAGUGGUGGAUCUCAAGCUUUUAUGUGACCGGGGAAAUUCCUGGCCGGCCGGAGCUAGCUCCGGUGGACUUUUGUUGGAAGAGCUUGAAAAUGACAAAGGAAGAACUGCACCAGAGAGUGGAUCUUGGGACAUUUUUGAGAACCCAAAACCAAAACAACAAAAUCCCAUCUCAGAGAAACAACCAAGCUCAGCCAAUUACAAUGGCUUCCAACAGCCAUCAAAUUCAUCUCCAUCCCCGUCUUCUUCGAACAACAACGACGUCGAGCCAGCUGGUCGAGAGGCAGGCAUGGCACGGAUGAAGGCAAUGAUGUAUCAUGCAGCAGCAUUCAGACCGGUGAACUUAGGGUUGGAGACAGUGGAGAAGAAGAGGAGGAGGAACGUGAAAACGUCGAAGGAGCCGCAGACCGUGGCGGCGAGAAAACGGAGGGAGAAAAUAAGCGAGAAAAUUAGGGUUUUGCAGAGGUUGGUUCCGGGUGGGAGCAAGAUGGACACUGCCUCCAUGCUUGAUGAGGCUGCAAGUUACCUCAAGUUCCUUAGGGAACAGGUCAAAGCAAUGGAAGACUUAAGCUACAAACUUGGCUCUCUUGAUUGUCUCUCAAAUUGCACUUCUUUUUCUUUCAACUCCACAAGUGCUUUUCCCACAAGUGCUUAUUUUCCUCUCUAA